UUACAAAAUCAAAAUUCGCUUUUUGGCAAAUUAGCUUAAAAAUUCACAGUUUUCGAACACAAAAUAAAUUUAUAAUUUUCGCAAACUCCAAAUUCUUAAAAAAGUCCCGCCUAAAAUAAUAAAAGUGCAAAAAUGCAUAAAUAUUGUCACGAAUCGCGUGGCAACAACAACUGUUGCGGCCCCGCAACAAUGCCGCCACGCCACUGCGCGAGCUGCAUUUGGCCACGCCAAAGCAAUCAGGAUGAGUGGAAAUGCUACAGUCGCUGCCUAACGGAUCACUACAAGCAGAAUUUGAAGCAACAUUUUGACACGCUGCUGUGGCAACGGGCGAAACGAGCGCGGCAGUCGCCUGCCUCAAUGAUGAAUUUGAGCACGGCCAACCCAUUGCAGGAGGAAAACACUGUGCACUACGCAACAACAGCAAGCCAGCAGCAAAGAAAAACCAGCAAGAAAAAGCAACAAAAAAUCAAGCGGCCGGCGGAAAUAAUAAUCGAGCAGCCAAAUGAGUGCCGAGGCGGUCUCCUGCGCAAGCUCGCCCAAACGCCAAACUGCGAUUGCCAGCGCAUGCGCACGCUGCUCUUGCAACAAGCAUUACAGGUAUUUAACGAAUGCAAUUGCGAUCCGUACGACCUAUUGCCGGAUGUGCCACUCACUUUCUACCCAAAGUGGCCAGGCGGCGGCUAUUUUGAUGAUAAUAUCUGUACGUGUGUUAGGGAUGAUUCCAUCGCAAAUUUUCUCAGAUAUAUCAACAGUGACGGGCAAUGUGGUCUGAAAGUCAAAAAGCUAUUGAGUAAAGAAUUUCUCACUGGCUUGAAUACAUUAUAUGCUAAUGUAGGCGGUGGCAAGGACGCUGCGUUUGGCUUUAAGGAUUACAUUUGUGAAGCAGCCAGGCAGUAUGAAUUUGAGGGAUUCUUCGGUUUUUUGCCUGCGCCACUCCUCAGUGUUACGCCCCAUAUCCAGCGCAGGCACAGUAAACUUGUUCAGCCACGCGAUUUGAAAUUGUUUAUGGAUAGAGGUACUCUCUUGAACCUCUUAACCCCUAAUCACAGAAUGACGGCAUUCCAUUCCAGUCAUUUCCAGUCAUUAAGAGAUACGCUUUCCGUUGAGUCAUCCAGUCAAUCAUUUAGAUAUCCAACCGAAUUUCGCUCGGUAAAGAAGCGUCAUUUCAAAACUUCACCGAGACAGAUCCUGAGAUAUUUGGGUCGACGUAAGGCUAGUAAGAAAAUUUAGCUGAACUCAGAUGAGAACAUGCAUAAUAUGUACAGACACAAUCGAUACAUAUUAUGUAUGUUUACAUAUAUUAUAAUUACGAUUUGUAGGACCAUCAUUGCGAUCAUUAAAUUCCUCUCUAUU